AUGUUCCUGCAGUUCUACGUCGACGAGGCGGGCGAGCGGGUCUACACCCUCAAGAAGCAGGACCCCAAGGGCGGCCCCACACUGUCUGCCCACCCACGCUUCUCCCCCGAUGACAAGUUCUCGCGCCACCGUAUUAUGCUGAAGCGCCGCUUCGGAUUGCUGCUCACGCAGCAGCCUCUGCCCGUGCUGUAA